AUGGCAGCUAGACGGAAGACAGCAAAGCUUCAAGCGGAGGAACAAGUCUCUCUGAAGGCUUCUAUUGAACCUCAGGAGAUCGUCUUUGGUGUGUGCCACAUAUAUGCUUCCUUCAACGACACAUUUGUGCACGUUACUGAUUCUACGUGCUCUGAAACUAUUGUCCGUGUGACCGGCGGAAUGAAAGUUCGCGCUGAUCGUGAGGAGUCUAGUCCUUACGCAGCUAUGCUUGCUGCCCAAGAUGUCGCAGAACGCUGCAAAGCUUUAGGAAUCUCUGCCCUUCACGUUCGCAUAAGAGCUACAGGUGGCACCAAGUAAGUCACUUAGGCAUCUGAUCAGUUUUCUUCUCAGGGCUCGCACCCCAAGCCCAGCGGCCCAGUCAGCUCUGCGUGCUUUGGCUAGAUCUGGAAUGAAGAUUGGGCGGGUCGAAGACGUCACUCCGAUUCCCACCGACAGCACAAGAAGGAAGGGCGGUCGUCGUGGACGACGUUUGUAA